AGUUGCGAGAAGAAAGAAAAAGGAGGAGACGUGAUCGGGGUUGUUGAAAUUAUUCGUAUGUUCAACAAUACGUAUCUGUCCGCACUGCGACCUUUAUAUGUGUAUAGACUCUUGUGUGGUAUUCUGUGUUCGUAAACCGCCUGGCUCUCAGCUGAAGCCCUGACAGCGUAGUCAGACGUGCGGGACAGACACUGACCGGGGGAUCUGACUAGGCCAUGGCCAACAGGGGAGGAGCUACAAGACCCAACGGGUCUAACGCUGGUAACAAGAUCUGCCAGUUCAAGCUAGUGCUUCUGGGGGAGUCGGCGGUGGGCAAGUCCAGCCUGGUGCUCCGCUUCGUCAAGGGCCAGUUCCACGAGUUCCAGGAGAGCACCAUAGGAGCGGCCUUCCUGACCCAGACAGUGUGUCUAGAUGACACGACGGUGAAGUUUGAGAUCUGGGACACGGCUGGACAGGAGCGCUACCACAGCCUGGCGCCCAUGUACUACAGAGGGGCGCAGGCCGCCAUUGUGGUCUACGACAUCACAAAUGAGGAGUCAUUUGCGCGGGCCAGGAACUGGGUGAAGGAGCUGCAGAGACAAGCCAGCCCCAACAUUGUCAUCGCUCUGUCAGGCAACAAGGCUGACCUAGCCAGCAAGAGAGCCGUGGACUUCCAGGAUGCCCAGUCAUAUGCAGACGACAACAGCUUGCUCUUCAUGGAGACGUCGGCCAAGACGUCUAUGAAUGUGAACGAGAUAUUCAUGGCUAUUGCGAAAAGAUUGCCCAAGAGCGAGCCCGCGGCCGCCAGCGUUAACAGCGGGCGUAACAGGGGCGUCGACCUAACGGAAGCCGCCCAGCCAACCAAGGCCCCCUGCUGCAGUACCUAAAGCGAAGCCCCCCCCAC